AUGCUGUCCCUUAUGAGAACGCUGCUCGUUUUAGCUGUCCUUUGCGCACCGACCUCUAGUAUCUGCUUUCGAGUGUACGAGACAGAUUCUAACUUUCUCUGUAACGACGGGGUCCUUCCCGGGUCGAAGAGCAACGAACAACCGAGGAACUCCUUGCUGGAAAGUCUGGACCUCCUGUACAAGGCUGGGGACACUCUUUCUUCCGCCGAAUCACGCGAGAGAAGGACGUUGCCAGCAUCUAAUUACAGAUUUUUGAGCCAGACCCAGCUCAGGAGUAAGAUGUAUCGAAACAGUGCGAAAAGCGAUCGGCGCAGCAAGUUCACCCUCUCUCUCGAUGUCCCGACCAACAUUAUGAAUAUUCUCUUCGACAUAGCCAAAGCCAAGAGCCUGCGCGCAAAGGCUGCCGACAAUGCGCGCUUGAUGGCUCAAAUUGGAAAAAGAAAAUGA